CCAUCUUCUGUUUACUCCAACUAACGACUGACACCAUUUCGCGCAUGCGCGGAUUCAAUCUUCGAACCCUGCGGUGGGCUGCUGCCGCUCGCCCAUCGUUGCCGGUGCGGAAUCGAGGUGUUUUGUCGAGACGCUCUCCGGCACCACUGCUACUAUUAAAUGAAUCACCACGCCGCUGCUUCUCAGCCUGUCGCCCGGAUCUUUCACUCUUCGAUGCCGACUCAACAAUCUAUGCCCUCUCCACCGCUCCCGGGCGAGCCGCUAUCGCCGUCGUGCGAGUAUCUGGUCCAGCAUGCGUGCAGAUCUACAAUGCUCUCUGCCCCUCCGCGCCCCUCCCCCGUGCCCGGCACGCCGCCGUCCGCACGCUCUACGAUCCCCUCCAACCUCUAUCCUCGAACACCAUCCUCGACGCCGCAGCCUUGGUGCUCUACUUCCCCGGCCCCCGAACCGUGACCGGGGAAGACGUGCUCGAGCUGCACUUGCACGGGGGUCCCGCGAUUGUUAAAUCCGUCUUGACGGCGAUCGCAAACGUCAACCCGUCGUCAUCCUCGUUGCCUUCCUCCUCACCAUCUCCAACCACAACCACAACAACACAUCCGAAGAAUCCCCGGGUCCUCAUCGAAACCCCCUCCAGAGGAGGAGCCGGAGGGAUCAUCCGCUACGCCGAGCCCGGCGAAUUCACGCGCCGGGCCUUCCUCAACAACCGCCUGGACCUGCCCCAGAUCGAAGCGCUGGGGGAGAUCCUGCACGCGGAGACGGAACAGCAACGACGGAUUGCCGUGCGCGCGGCGAGCAGCAGCAACAGCGGCAGCGGCAGUGGUCCCGACGGGGCCGGCGCGCUGUCGCAACGCUACGAGCAGUGGCGGCAUCAGUUGCUGUACGCGCGCGGCGAGCUGGAGGCGCUGAUCGACUUUGCCGAGGACCAGCAUUUCGACGAAUCGCCGCGCCAGCUGGUUGGGUCCGUGGGCCGGCAGGUGCGCACCCUCCAGGCGCAGAUCCGGCUGCACAUCGGGAACGCCGCCAAGGGGGAGUUGCUGCGCAGCGGGAUCCGCGUCGCGCUGCUGGGCGCCCCGAACGCCGGCAAGAGCUCCUUGCUCAAUCGGGUCGUAGGCCGGGAGGCCGCUAUUGUGAGUACCGAGGAAGGUACUACCAGGGAUAUCGUCGAUGUCGGGGUGGAUGUUGGGGGUUGGUUUGUGCGGCUGGGGGAUAUGGCGGGUAUCCGGUCGGAGGAUGUUGGGGAGGAUGAUGAGGAGGGGAGGGGGAGCUCGGCGGUGCGGAAUGUGGUGAUUGGGGCGGUGGAGAAAGAGGGGAUCCGGAGGGCCAAGGCUAGGGCGUUGGAGUCGGAUGUUGUCGUUGUGGUCGUCUCGUUGGAGGCUGAGCAGCAGCAGCAGCAGGAGGAGGCAGACAGUGCGGGCAGUGCGAGUGCUUCAGCUUCGCGGUUGGCGGUGGAACGAGAGGUCGUUGAUGCGGCGAAUGAGUGCGCGCGCGCCGGCCGCUGCGUCGUCGUCGCGAUCAACAAGUGUGACCGGCUGCCCGGCCUGGAUCGCCUCCCGGAUCAGCUGCUUGCCACCGUCCGCACGCUGUUCCCUGCUGUGCCGGCCCGGCGCGUCUUCGGGAUCUCCUGCCUGGAUGCUCGCCGGGAGACGGGCUCCGUAUCUGGCUCGGCGGGGCACGAUCCGGGCCACAUCCAGCGCUUUCUCCAGGGGUUGAUUGCUACGUUUGAGGAGCUGGCCUCCCCGAUGGGCAUCGAGGAGGAUGCCAACGGCCAGUACGACCGCUCCUACUGGGAGGAUUCCCUGGGGGUCACCCACCGACAGAGCUCGAACCUACAACGCUGCCUGGAGGAUCUCGACGCCUUCAUGAUCCAGACUCAAUCAUCGGACCACGACCACCACCAGCUUACACCCGAGUCCGAAGAGGAGGUCGACAUCGUCACCGCGGCCGAGCACCUCCGUUCCGCUGCCGAUGCCCUGGCCAAGAUCACAGGUAAAGAUGAGAGUGGCGACGUGGAGGACGUUCUAGGGGUGGUCUUCGAAAAAUUCUGCGUUGGGAAAUGAAACACGACUGCUUAGCCCGAAGAAAUUCUUCUGGUUGCUUUUGGCACUGCAACCGCAGUCUAUACUUCCUUCCUCCCUUCCCUUCGGUUCGCUUUGCUGUUCCGCAGCCGAGGAUCCUCGCGAGCAUACUACUGGUUGGUCCCUGCUUUCUCAUUCACAUCGUUAUACCCGCCCCGGCCUUGCAUAUCCAUCUGUUCGGCUGCGGUCGAGGUCGCGGUGGAUGUUGAUGACGUCGGGGUGUUAUACCCGCCUCGACCCAUG